AUGGUCUGUAACAGCACAUCCAUCGGGACUUACGAACAUCUGCUGCAGAAUGUGAGCAAUGCUUUGGACCCCGGGGCCACCCCACUGUCCGCACCACUCAGGAUCUCGCUGGCAAUAACGAUGCUGCUGAUGAUCGUGGUAGGAUUCCUCGGGAACACGGUGGUCUGCAUCAUCGUGUAUCAGAGGCCGGCCAUGCGUUCAGCCAUCAACCUGCUGCUGGCCACCUUGGCCUUCUCUGACAUCAUGCUGUCCUUAUGCUGCAUGCCUUUCACGGCCAUCACCCUCAUCACUGUCCGCUGGCACUUCGGGGACCACUUUUGUCGGCUCUCAGCUACACUCUAUUGGUUUUUUGUCCUAGAGGGCGUGGCCAUCCUGCUCAUCAUUAGCGUGGACCGCUUUCUCAUCAUCGUGCAGCGUCAGGACAAGCUGAACCCACGCAGGGCCAAGGUGAUCAUCGCAGCCUCCUGGGUGCUGUCUUUCUGCAUCUCUGCGCCCUCCUUCACCGGCUGGACGUUCAUGGAGGUGCCGGCUCGGGCCCCACAGUGCGUUCUGGGCUACACUGAGUUCCCAGCCGAACGCGCCUACGUGGUGAUGCUGGUGGUGGCAGUGUUCUUCGCGCCCUUCGGCGUCAUGCUGUGCUCCUAUCUGUGCAUCCUCAACACGGUGCGGAAGAACGCCGUCCGCGUGCACAACCAGUCAGACAGCCUGGACCUCAGACAGCUGACCAGGGCUGGCCUGAGACGGCUCCGGCGGCAGCAGCAGCAGGUCAGCCUGGACCUGAGCUUCAAAACCAAGGCCUUCACCACCAUCCUCAUCCUCUUCGUGGGCUUUUCGCUCUGUUGGCUGCCCCACUCAGUCUACAGCCUGCUGUCUGCGUUCAGUCGGCGGUUCUACUACAGCGCCUCCUUCUACACCACCAGCACGUGCGUCCUGUGGCUCAGUUACCUCAAGUCCGUCUUCAACCCCAUCGUCUACUGCUGGAGGAUCAAGAAAUUCCGCGAGGCCUGCAUAGAGUUGCUUCCCCAAACUUUCCAAAUCCUCCCAAAAGUGCCUGAGCGGAUCCAGAGGAAAAUCCAGCCGAGCACCGUCUACGUGUGCAAUGAAAACCAAUCCGCCGUCUAG